AUGCAUUCAGUUAAUGAAGCAAGUUCUGUUGAAGUCAGCGACAAUUUUGUCUUUGUCAUGGAUGCCGAGCAUGCUGAGAUAUACAGCCUAGAAACCCGAAAAAAGAAAACAGUCAUUCCGGUUGAUUUUGAUCAGCUAAAAACAAUUAACGGAAAAGUGUACACCAUCCGGGGCACAGAAAUAUUUGAGGAGAUAGAUAUAGAAGGCCCAAACCGAAAAACAGCCAAGAUAGGAGAUGUGAAAAAAGGCCACGCAGGCAUACAUAUCUCUGAUGACUACAUAUUUGUCUAUUCUAUUGACUCAAGCGCAGGCCGUCUUGAGGUGGAAAUGGCGCCAGUAGCCAACGCAGAGAGCACGCACAAAUCAAAGAGCAAAUCCGUUGGAAUAGAUAUAGGAGAAGCCCGCCAUCUUAUGUGGAGAGACAAUGAAGUGUACUAUAUAACCAAGGGUGUUCUUUAUGGGUAUAGUCCUCUGCAGAGCGAGCCAUACGAGAUAACGCAAUUCACAUACACAGAGGUCACGUGCCUAGAGAAAACUGAUAACUAUUUUGUGGUUGGCACGCCUAACCUUCUCCUAAUCCACAAUAUUAAGAGCAAAAUACUCUGCAAGGUUGCAUGGCACUCAGCGCCUGUCCGGCAGAUACAAAAACUGCAUGGUGAUCUAAUUGUAUCGCAGAAUCAGAGCGGAAGUAUUCUUCUAACAGACUGCAGAUCACAUCAGAACACGUUCAUUAGCACAGACUAUUCUGUAUCAAGAGAGAUACUUGAUGCACGCCCCUCUGAGAAAAGAUCCUUUUCAGUCUCGCAGAAUGGAUACAUCGUAAUUAGAACAGAAACAGAGGCCAGAAUUAUACACAUCCCCUCCAAAACAUCUGAGUACAUUUACUUCUUGAAAAAGGCCACAAAGCAGAUAGUGGCCCAUGAACUACCAUGCAAAAAUGAAGAGUUUGUGCCCACCUUUAAUGAGAGAUCUGAAAAACAAUUCACUCACAUAUUGAACAGUAACAACCUCUUCAUGCCUGAAUCAGAUAUAUAUCACUUAGACAACAAAAUCAUUUUCAUCCACAAGGACAGCGUAUACCGUGUGAUAGAAGAGCUUGUUGGAAUUGAUGAGGUUUUCUACUCAAAUGGCUAUGUGCUUGUCUUCCUUGUAGAAGCACAGGAGAAGGCUGUUAUGUCUGAAAAGGCCUUUGAAAAAGUAACAGGAGAGAAAAUAGCCCGUUUAUACAAGCUUGGAAAGAACACAAUAGAAAGAAUGUUCUCAGGGCAUGCAGACUUGGAGGGAAUGAAAAUAGUGGACAUGGAGGUAGACACAAGUGUAGUGCUUCGUUUGCAAGAGGUAAACAGCAGCCAUACAGUAACCAGGGAGUACGAAAUAAAGGACCUGGGCUUUUAUCUCGAAUAUAAUAACUAG